UAAGUGGGUAUUCACUUACGCACUUGUGUUAUCUGCAUUACAAAUAAAUAUCUUUCUAAUCUAGUAAUCUUUGUUUGUUUGAUUGUGUAUAAUAUAACGUGUAGAUAGUGUGUUAUUCUCAAAUUAUAUCAUGGAUUGGCAACGGGCAGUUGUUUUUAGCACUUUGCUGGCGGUGUCAUGGUGUGCUGAGGACCUGACCUUCCCGCCAGGGUUCAAGUUUGGAGCUGCUACAGCCGCUUUUCAGGUCGAAGGUGCCUGGAAUGUUAGUGAUAAAGGUGAGAGCAAAUGGGACAGGUUCUGCCAUGAGUUCCCUCAUAAGAUUCAGGAUCGUAGCAAUGGAGACGUUGCCUGCGACUCUUAUCACCAGUGGAAGAGAGACAUUGAAAUGGCUGAGGAGUUAGGUCUGCACUUCUAUAGGUUCUCCGUAUCAUGGACUCGUCUGCUGCCGUCGGGUUUCGCCAACCACAUUAGCGAGGAUGGUAAGAGGUACUACAACAACCUGAUCGACGGUCUACUGGAGAAGGGCAUUGAACCCUUCGUUACCUUGUAUCACUGGGACUUGCCGCAAAGUCUGCAGGAUCUUGGUGGCUGGACCAACCCUCUCGUAGCGGACUGGUUUGCAGACUACGCAAGAGUAGUGUUCACUCUCUUCGGCGACCGAGUGAAAUGGUGGAUCACCAUCAACGAGCCGAUCGUCAUAUGUGAUGUGGUAUACAACUCCGGGAUUAUGGCACCGCCUAUCGUCAGCCCGGAGACUGGAGCUUAUUUGUGCAAUAAGAACGUUAUGAUGGCCCAUGCUAGGGCUUAUAGGAUUUACGAUGAAGAGUUUAGGCCGAAAUAUCAGGGUAAAGUGUCAGUAGCUAACCACCACAUUUGGUUCGACCCUCUAACACCAGCUGAUGCAGAACUUGCUGAAUUGGCUAGACAAAAUGCUGUAGGCAGAUAUGCCCAUCCUAUCUACUCCAAGACAGGUGGCUGGCCAGCUUCCAUAGAGAAGGCUCUUGAAGAGGUCAGCUUAAAGAGAGGAUACUCCAAAUCAUCGCUUCCUGCAUUCACUCAAGAGGAGAUUGAGUUUGUCAGAGGAACCUAUGACUUCUAUGCAAUGAACCACUACACGAGCCGUCUGAUCCGCAAAGCGAAGGAGGGCGAGACUUUCAAUUUCUGGCCGUUUGCCGACUGCAUAGACCUCGGAGCGAAGGUUCAGAAGCAGGAGGAUUGGGAUGUCACGUCCACUUUCUGGUUUUUUAUUCAUCCUGAAGGUAUUCGCAGACAGUUAGCCUGGUUGAAGCAGCAGUACGGAAACAUAGAGUUCAUCAUCACGGAGAAUGGCUUCCCAACAGACGAGGCGAUCCAUGACCCGAUCAGGAUCAAGUACUACAAGGCUUAUUUGAAACAGGUUUUGCUGGCGAUUAAAGAAGAUGGCGUAAACUUGACCGGGUAUACGGCUUGGUCCCUGAUGGAUAACUUUGAAUGGAGUGACGGAUAUGCCACAAAAUUCGGCUUAUACCAGGUAGACUACAAUGACCCACAUCGCACGCGCACACCGCGCGACUCGGCGCGGUUUUAUCAGAACUUGAUCAAGACCUACACUUUAGAUGACGGUGCUACUCAGGACGAGCUUUAAGCUGUGAUAUUGUUUAUGUUUUUUUUUUGUGUUAU